AUGCAGUCAGAAACUGGAUCAAAAAGUUUAACAAAUCAACAACCUUCUUCCACUAGAGAGCAAAGAUAUAGCCUACACUACUGUAUUGAAGUCCAAAAUCAAUUAGAGAACCUACUCAACUACAUACCAGAGAAACUAUUAGCCAAGGCAGUGGCCCACACGAAUAGCACGUCAGCAAUAAACAUGAUCAGAUUAAUCUUUACGAGUGGAGCAUACAAAGAACGACAAAUUUAUUAUACUAAAGCCUCACAUAAAAUCAAGCCAAACGGGAGCGGUCGUAACAGAGGUAGUCAGCUUCAGGAUGAGAUAGCAAUUUGGCUAUUGAAGUUGUAG